UACUGGUCGAUUGCGACAAAUCGGCGAGAAUGGUGCUGAAGCAUAUAAUUCUGUGUGCCCUGGUCAGUAUGAUUAGUGCCAGCAGCUCUGGUACAGGGGAGAUGCUGAGUAUGUGUGCAGUGGAGGGGACUCAGGUGGAGUUCCACUGUACCGGUGCCAACAUCUGGUACAUUGGUCAUCACUCGUAUAACGAUGAGAUGGAUACACUGACUCUGAAUGCUACCAUGGACACUGGGAACUCCUCCGCUAGUGGAAGUGGAGUAGAAUAUAUUACUUGCAUACAAGGAUAUAACUAUAUCGAUGCAUCACUCAUCACAGUUGAAGAGAGUGAUACUCGAGUGCCCCUGAUCCUUACAGCUGCUCCAGGGACAAAAACCUCACUCUUCCUAAAGUGGGAAGACCCCUUUCUUAUUGGCAAUACCACCUACGAGGUGGUUGUGACAGUUGGUCAAGAGAUAAUGACAUGGACAACGAAUGCAUCUUCAUGGGAGGUAGGAUUGGAGGGCAGCGAUUGUCAGCCGUUCCAAGUUUCAGUCUCUAUGCCCGGGACCUGUACUCCUGCCACUCUCAAUGGUUCUCUCCUACUUGAUCCUCCUUAUCCUAAACCUGAGAAUGUUCACAUUGAAGUAUUGAAGAACAAGAGUCUCAUGCUGACAUGGGAACAGCCGGAGGAUAUAUUCGAGGAGGACAAUUUCACCUAUGUCAUUAUGGUGUUUGAUGGUGAGACUAUGGUGAAGGAGCGUCUAGUGACUCUGGAGGCCUCAGUGUCCCCACGAGAAGAGUUCAAUCUGACUGAAGUGGAGGACUGUGGGGAGGUGAUGCUGACACUGGUCCAGCUGGGAGACUGCCGGGAAGAGAUUGUCACAACCACCAUACCAAUUUUUCCAGGAGGUUUUCUCUCUGAACUUGAAGCAGAGGUUCUCUUUUCAAGUGGAGGAGACUUGGGGCUAGUUGAACUCAAAUUCAAGCCGCCAGCAUUGUGUGAGUACCAGAUUGAGUCAGCAGGCUACCUGCUCAUUAUUUCUGAUGGGGACCGGGAGCUGGAGUGUGGGUCCACUGGCUGUACACUGUCACAGCUUGCAGAAGGUACAUACCCAUACUGUAUGCUGAAAAACCCAAAAGUAUUGUCAACAUGUUUAUUGCAUAUAGCACAACUGGAUGAGAGCUCGCUGGUAUUUUCAGUUUCCAAUGACUUUGUUAGUCUCAUAAUUAGCUGGGGCAACCCCACUAACACUCUGAGUAGCUACUUUGCCUAUGUGAUCAAGAAAGUGCUAGUAGACACAGGGGAGGAUGUGGGGAAUGAAAUAAUUGUAGUUCCUGAAGAUGACACACCAGUGGUUGAGUUCAGAAUGGAUGACAACGUCUGUAAGAAAGUGAAUGUAUCAGUUCAGAUAUUCAACAGUGAUGAGAUUAUUAGCAACCUCAUCGUGAUCCCAGCACGUCCAAAGGCAUUCCAGAAGAACUUGACAGCACACACUUUUAUGAUUGAUGGAAAGAUUAAGGAAUUGGAAGUUGCAUUCACAAGAGAGGUCAAGGAGGACACUGAGACUGGAUUUGUGAGGAAUAAAAACUACACACUCACAGUUACCAUCGUGAUACCCGAUUAUGACAACAUCACCUCGUCCGAUGACUUUAUUUUCUUCUAUGAGGACGAUGUCUAUCCUUCUACUGACAUUUCAGAUCAUACACAUAGUCCUAACGUUCAACCCACUGCCACUAACCCCACUGCCACUAACCCCACUGCCAUUAACCCCACUGCUACCACUCAGUCACUGCCACCAGGGAUUGCUCAUUUGGAGCCAAGGCGGGAGACUAUGUCACCAGUAGUGAUAGGAACAGGAAUAGGUCUCCUGGCAGCAGUCAGUGUGUGCUUUGCAUUUGGUGUGGGUGUCUGUUACCUUCGAGCCCGGACAAAGAGAAGGCAAGGCAAAACUGCACGACUGAAUGUGAGGAACCCCAUCUACGAGACUGCAAGCGACGAUGUGUAUGAGGAGCUGCCAGACCUCCUCAGAGACAAGCAAAACGAGGGAGCCACCUACUGCGACGUCGCUCCACCCCUACCCUCUGCCAGGUACGAUCACCUCCCUCCAGCUCCCGCCAAACUCCAAGGCCACAAAGGAGAUGGUGUCAAUGGUGUCUCCAUCACCCAACCCUCCAAGCAAAAUGAUCCCAAUCGGCUCAUCUGA